AGUCGUUUAUCUUUUGCGACAGAAUGUUUAUAAUGGUUUUAGGAAGGCGAGGCAGUGACAGUUCUCAAUAGUUUUCUAGGUGGUUGACACAUCGAUGCUUGGAGAGCCCAGAGAAUGCGACAUUGUCAGGAAGAACAGUCUGUGGAGAUGCUCCACUACGUGAGCAAAAAACUCGAAAGCAGUCCAUCCACCCAGUUUCGAACCUCCCAUAUGGUCACGUGGAAAGGCAACUAAUCCUGAUUUUACCCGUUCCAAACUCGCAAUUUGCCAGACGUUUAAACCGGCGAACCAAGGACAGGACAGCUGAAUGUCACAGCCAGGCAAGCCCCGGAUCAAGCUUUCGUUCAAGUUGGGCAAUAAUGCUGUAAAAGUACAAUCGAUACCUGAGCCUUCAAAUGUGUCCUCGCCCAGCCGAAAUGGGAAUACUGGCGGAAAACGAAAGCGCGCGAGUGAGCCGGCCACAAAUGCUGCCCAAGGCGGAAAACGUAAAGGCCUGUCCGCACUGGAAGCUGCGCGUGCACUAGGAGCACCGAUUGCCGUCAAUUCCGAUAGCUCUGUGGACUUAUCAGGCGAUCACACGAGCGACGGUGAAGAUGGCGGCGAGCUCGUCGUAGACGACAUAGAAGCCGGUUCGCCAACACCCUCGAUAUCACGGGGUCAGCUAGGAGACGAUAGUUCCACUCGUCUCAAGCUGUGCUUUGGAACAAAUAAAGUCUCCUUGGUAUCGCAUCCGCGGGACAGGGAGCGAACAAAUUCGGAUGCGGAUGCCGUCGAAAUCAAGUCAGAUGAAGAAAUAGACGUGGAUGAGGAUGUCAAAGUGUCUUACAGCGUAAAGGGUGAGGGGAAGAGGAUGUGGGAUGGGGUUAGUUCAACUCCAGAACUGAAACGGUCAAGACGGGACUCGGAAGGGACCUAUUUACAAGUGCCGUUGAAUCGUGAUGUCAGUGUCUCAUCCGAUGGUUUGCUCGACGCCAAGGACGAGUUUGGCGAAGAGAUUGAUGUCUCAUCGGACGGCCGACCUAUAAGACCCUUCCGAAAAGCGAAGGAUCGUGCCAGGGGGUAUAGCGAAAACCGCAAUGCAGUGAAUGGCAGAGGGGCUUGGAAACCAAGAAAGAAGGGCCUUUACACCAUCUUGAAGAAAGUCAUUGCUGCGCUGAAGCAAAAAGACCAUUACGGAUUUUUUUUGGAGCCUGUGGAUACUUCCCUUGUGACGGAUUAUAUGACCGUCAUCUCGGAACCUAUGGAUCUGGGUACUAUGGAGAAAAGAGUUGAAAGACGAGAGUAUAAGUCGUACGACGCUUUUAAGUUCGACUUUGAUCUGGUCAUUUCCAAUGCCAAAACGUAUAAUUCACCAGACACGGUGUAUUACAAGGCGGCGGAAAAGCUGGGCUCCCAGGGAAAGAAACUCAUUGAGCGUGAAGCCAAUAAUGUGGAGAUAGACCUGGAUCUUGAUGACGAUAAGCCAGUCUUGGAGGCAGUAUCAGCGGAGAAAAAGGUAGAAGGACGAAGGAAGUCGAAGCGAAUGAAGCACACGGAGGACUUGGAAAGUCGAAUGAGCUUGCAAUACAUGCCGGACGGGUCAGUUAUACGAGGGCCGUCAUGGAAGCCACCAGAUAUUACUCCAUUCGAGCGCCAUAUCAGUCAAUACCUGUCGUGUACACAUGACUCGCUGCAGUCUGUGGCACUUGCCGACAUUCCAACGGAUAUGGAUGCAUAUGGACCUUAUCACUAUCGAGAGCUUCCUCCAAGUAAUACAGAUCCAAUACUAUUACGAAAUGCAUAUGGGGAUUUCACGGGGCAGGCCUAUGUUCGAAGCAUUGAAAGAUUUGUCGACGGUCUUCCACCAGCGGUGCGGGCGCCAGCGGAGGCAACCAUACAUCGGUUGACGAGAGGAGGACACUCGCUUGUGCAAAGAGUACAAGCAUAUCUUUCAGCGAAGGUAAAGAAGGGGGCCGAAGGGGACAAGGUGACGACUGAGUGGGGAGCGGUUGACAUUGCACAGCAAGUGCAACAAGUGGAGAGCCAAGCCGAACGCAUCAUCAAGGAUGCAGAGCUGGAAUAUUAUCGACGAGAGGGCGUGGAUAUUGUUCCAUUGCUCUCUCCUGCGUGUUUGGGAAUGCAAGAUCGGGAAUUAGAUGAAGAGUUGGCCAAGGGCGACGCGAUUCUACUGUUGGAGCGGAACGCGCGUGAAUUGGAAGAAUGGACCAACAAACAGUUUGCGCGACUGAGCGGACAAAGUCAGCACCCAUUCGAGGAAGAAUCGACGCUAGCGGAAAAGAUCCGACGACGACUCUUGCAACUUGUCCAAAGUGCUCCAGCAAGCGAGUUUGCCAGUGCCAAACUUCCAUCGAUUGAAACCAUAUACAGCAUGUUUAACAAAACCCCCAUGUCCCCCGGACGACCCUUGUCGAGUCCCCUCCACUAUAAUCUUGUCCCAGGGAAUCCGAUGCCGAUCAGCUUGGAUCAACCGAUUAAACCGGAUUAAAAUGUCCGAAAGCCUUGUACAUUUGGAAUCUUCUAGAAUCCUUAUCAAAUGACACGCGAUUAUGAUCACA